AGCUGCAGCAGCAGCAGCAGGCGGAGCUGGAGGUGCACCAGAGAGACGGACUGACGGCCUACGACCUGUCCCAGGUGCCUGUGGCCGGUGUCAGCAGUGGAGUCCACGAGGCGGGGAAGAACAUCGACAAGACAGAAGUGCUGUUCUCCCAGGAGAGAGACCCCCGCUUCGCAGAGAUGUACAGCGGCAUCUCCGGCUCUGCAGAUAAGAAGAUGAUGGUCCCCUCCUCCACAGCUGGAGGACAGCAGCUGUACUCCCAGAGCUCCCCCUUCCAGCAGGGACACUCUGGGAAGAGCUUCAGGUACAGUGGCGAGCCGUCAGGGCCCUCUAGGCCAGGGGUGGCUCUCGAGCCGCAUGGGGCUCUCGUGCCGCAUGGGGCUCGAGAGCCUAGUUUCAUGUGGCUCUUCAGUUCAUAUCGAGUU